AUGGUCAUGUCGCACGUCCUCGCACGCACAGCGCUGCCAGCGCAACUUCGCCGCCGUCCCUCCGCAUGGGCCACUGACCACGUGGCGUCACACUCACCCCGCGUAACGUCUGAUUUCACACCUCUCCUCCGCGCCAGCCGGGCCGCUUCCAGCAAAUGGUCGGCCCAGACGACGGGGCUGCGCGCCAAGCCUCCCCAUGGAUCCCACUGGGGGACCAGACGACGGCUUGCGCCAUGCACUGCCGUGGAGGCAGCGGGUGAUGCGGUGGGUUUGGCGGGGGACAGGGUACGGGCGGAAGGGGAGAAGCGGAGAGCAGGCGAGCACUCGGGGAAAGAGGAAGCGGAGGGGGAGGAUGGAGAUGAGGAGAUGAGCGAAGGCGAGGGAGAGGAAGAGGAGGAUGAGGAGGAAUAUGAGGAAGACUGGGAGGACGAGGAUGAGUGGGAUGAAGACUGGGACGAUGAGCAGGCGGAGGAGGGGGGCGGAGAGGUGCCGGAGUGGGAGGGGGAGGGCGUGGAGGUGGGGGUGAUAGUGGGCGCGCACGGGCUGCGCGGCGAGCUGCGCGUGAAGCCGCUCACGGACUUCCCGGAGCAGCGCUUCGGACAGGGUGGCUGGCGCUGGUUGAAGCGCCCAGGCAGGCAGUCCGCUCCCUCCCCUGCUGCCGCUCCCGCAGCUGCGCCGCCGCCACCAGCAGCAGGAGAGGCGGCUGGGGAGGCAACUGCAGGGGAGGCGGCAGCAGCGGAGCAGCGCGGGGCGGGUAUGAGGCGCGUGUGGGUGAGGGGCGGGCGGCCAGGCCCGGGACGGUAUGGGCUGUGGCUGGUGCGACUCAAGGACGUGGAGAGCGCGGAGCAGGUGCGCAUGCUCGGUGGACCCACGGGUGGUAUGGGUGGGGUGGGGACGCGUGGCUGUGUUCUUGGGGGUCGUUGGGGUGAUGCUGGGCGGUCCAUGGCAGCGGAGGCGCUACGGGGCAGUGUGAUGAUGGUGCGGGAGGAGGAUCGCCCGGAGCUGGCAGAGGACGAGGUGUACUCCAGCGACCUCAUCGGCCUCUCCGUGCUGCUCAAGGAGGGUGGCGCGCCCAUAGGCGUGGUGGAGGACGUGUACAGCGGAGGGGGCGCGGGGGAGCUGCUGCGUGUGCGCCUGCACACAGGGGAGGAGCCGGCGGCGGGGUCAGAGGGGGCGGCGGGGGGAGAGGCAGGGAGGAGGGCAAAGGGGCAGGGCAAGGGGAAGAAAAAACAGGGCAAAGGGGGCGGUGGCAAAAAGGGGAGCGCGAGUGGCGGGGCCCCAUGCGUGUGGGUGCCGUUUGUGCGCGCCAUCGUGCCUGAGGUGAACCUCAAGCAGCGGCACCUUGUGGUGGACCCUCCUCCCGGGCUGCUUGACCUCAACCAGCGCCCCGCAAGCAAGGCAGAGCCGACGCCGGAGGAGGAGGGCGACGAGGCCGCGCGCAAGGGCAUGGUCAGUGCGCGCAUGCUGUGGCAGCAAGCUCUUCUUUCAGUUCUGUAUGAUACGCCACGCUCCCUCCUUCCUCCUCGUCCCUCUUCCACACUCCCUUCCGCCCGGGAGCGCAAGAAGCGGCAGCAGAGGAGGCGGCAGGUGGAGGAGCGGUACGGGCAGGCGGGGCAGCAGCACGUGCUGCACUGGGUGCACGCGGCCCUGCAGAUGGAGAAGGCCGCAGCAGAGGCAGGUGCUGGCGAGGAGGGGGCAGGGAGUGCGCGAGCGCAGGGGCACAUGCAGGGGCACGUGGACGUGGAUGCAGUGCUGCAGCAGCUUCUAGCAGUGGACCUCAGGCGCGUGGCCCAUGCCGUACACUCCGCCCUCACUCCGCGCGCACACACCGUGCCCCCCCUGCCCCAGCCCGUGCCCCUGCCCCACUGGCCGCUCCUCCUCGCACGUUCAGGUGGUGAGGCGGCGCUGCUGGGUGGCGCGGCGAGCAGUGAGGGGGCGGGUGGGGGUGAGGGUAUGGAGGGAGAGGGCAGGCGGGCGGUGGGCGAGGGUGCAGUGGCGGUGGUGGCGCUGCUGGGGGCUGCUGCUGCUGCCGACGCGGUGAGGGAGGGGAGCGGCAGUGGUGCAGGGGGGGGAGCAGCGGGCAUGGCGCGGCGUGUGGAGGAGUACGUGCGGCGAGACAUGGCGCGGCUGAGGAGGCAGAUGGGCGCUGUGGACGCAUGGAGGGAGGGGGCGGAAUCAUCCCCCCUGCCAUGGCUGCUCGUGGUGGACGAGACGGCAUCACCCCUCACUCUGCACCAGUCGCUGCUCGAUGCCACUGCACCAUCACAGCACACCUGGAUCCCCCUCCCGCAAUGGCCACUCCUCUCGCUCAACCCACCCACCACCACGCCAUCCACCCCAUCUCCACCCCCCUCCUCGCCAUCCCCUGACUCCGCCUCCUCUCCUCCUCCGUUCCACCUGCUUCUCCGCCCCCUGCCACGGCCUGAGGCGGAGCCUGCAAGCAGUGCGGCGAGUGCGGCGCUGCAGGGGGCGUCGGGCGGGGGAGGGGGAGUGUUCCUGGCGCUCAAGGACGCGGCUGUGCUGCGCGGCCUCGCCAAGCAGGGCGUCAAGCACCUGCUGGUGCUACUGCAUCCGACAGCACAGCCUGAUCCUUCCCUCAUUGCUGCAUGCAUCCAGUCCAAUGCUGACGUGGCAGUUGCUGCGUCAGCGAGCUCCGAUGCCAGCUCAGCAGGAGUGCAGAUGGAGAGUGGGAGCGGAGGGCAGCAGCAGGUACUGCGGGUGGCAGCUGUUCCAUGUGAGCAGCAGGAGGAGGGGCAUGCACAUGGUGAGGAUGGUAAUGGGAGUGGGGCUGAAGACAGUGGCAAGAAGAAAGGCAAAGGCAAGGGCAAGGGCAAGGGCAAGGGCAAGGGUGAUGAGAGGCAGUCCAGUGGAGUGAGGCUUCAAGUGCUGGAGGGCUGUGAGGGGGCGGAGGAGGCUGCCUCAAUGCCUUCACACGUGCACUCCCUUGUGCUUCACUCAGACCAGCUGGUUGUUUCCAUGAAGUUUCUGAAGUCGUUUGAUCCGAUGCAGCUGCCCUUCCAGCUGUUUGAACCAUCACCCUUGGAGCAGCGCCUGCCAACGCCACAUGCCGCAGCACAGGUGGCGGCAGGGGGGGAGGCAUGGAACGGGGCAGCAGAUGGGGGUGUGGCGGUGAGGCAGCGGGCAAUGGACGUGGUGUGUAUGACGGAUGCAAGCAAGCUUGCUCCUCGCUUGCCUGGCGACCUCUCACCCACCUCGCUCCUCCUCUCCUCUCAGCGCAUCUCCCAUGCUGCUCGCAGUCGCCGCACCAGCAGUAAUGGCGGGUCCUCCGCGCAUCCCCUCCGCACUGCGCAUCCCGCUUUUCUCCUCGCUCUCCUGCGCCUGAAUCUGCCUCUGCACCGCCCUGCGUGGCCCAUCACCCCUAAAUCCCGCUCCGUUACGCACCGCCCGUGCGAGAUCCGCGCAUCUGCGCUUCCGCCUGACGGCCUGCAUCGCGCGCAUCCGCCAUCGCCGCGCUCACUCGCCCCGACUGCACAUCGCAUCGUCGGCAACCUCAAGGCGGCGCAGUGGGAGGAGGUCACCUCGCGCGUCAACGCGCGCGGCGGCGGGAGCAAGGCGGCGAAGACGGUGGUGCAGUGCCGCAUGAAGCUGGAUUCGCUCAAGAAAAAGUACAAGGCGGAGCGCCUGCGAUGGCGCGGGCUCAGCCGGUGGGAGCACUACAAGAAGCUGGAUCAGCUCAUCGGCGGCCACAAGCGCGUCGCGGGGGCGGGCGGCAGCAGCGCCGCCGCCAUGGGCGAGGAUCUGGAGUCGUCGGGCGUGGGCGGGGGCGGCGGGAUGAGCUCCGGCGGGGCCACUCUCCCCGCCACGCCCGUCUACCCCGCCGUGGCCUCCGCGCCCGCCGCCGCGAUGUCUGCAGGGGGGCUGGGCGGGUCCGCCAUGGGCACGGUGAUGGGCAUGCCGCCGGCGGACGGCACCUACUUUCUGCACAACAUUGCGGCGGGCGGCAUGGCCGGCAGAUUCGUGGGGAGCGGCAACGGCAACGGCGUGCUUGUGCCGAGCGGCAUGCCUCCUCUGCCCGCCGUGGGCAUGGGGAUGGGGGGCGCGGGCAGAGGGGGCGUCAUGGGGGCCUCUUCCGGCGCUGGCGGCCCCCCCCCGCCCAUGGGGGUUUUACCCGGGGCUGGAAUGGGCGGCAGCGUGUAUUUAGGCACGGGGGGGGCCGUGGGCGCGGGGAGAGGUGGCGCAGGGGGCUUGGGGGCGCGCAACAGCAUGAUGUGCGCGGGCGCGGGCGGGGCAGUGACGAACGGCGACGGCAUCAAGUGGUCCGCGGGCCCCAUGGACCGGCAGGGGGAGUGCGUGGGGGAGGGCGGAGGGGAGGUUAGAGGCGCGGGAGGGAUGGGGAUCGGCGGAGUACGCUUGGGCGGGCUGGCGGGGCAAGCGGGCCCGUCAGCGGGGGCGGUGCUUGGGGGAGGGGCCGCGGGCGGGGGCGGCGGUGCGGCCCCCCUGAUGCCUGCCUCCGCGGACGCCUUUCCCUCGCCCCCCUUCUUGCCCACGGGCGCACCUCCCGCCGCAUUUUCUGGCAGGCCGCGCACAGGCGUGGAAGGCGGGGGUGACGUGGCGGUGGGUGAGAGCCCGGGAUCAACGGCGUGCAACCGAGGGGAUGGCAGGGCGGAGGGCGAGGAGGAGGAGGACGACGAGGAGGACGAGGAAGAGGACGAGGAGGAAGAGGGUGGUGGGGAGGAUGCAGCAGGGGCGGUGGGGCAGUAUGGGCGAGCGGAGGGCGAGGGAGGAGGAGGGCAGGGCGGCGGGGGGGGCUUAGGGGGGCCUGCAUUGCCCAGUGGGGUGGGCGCGGCAGCAGGGGCAGGGGGGGAGCGGCAGAAGCGCAUGCGGCGGUGGAGAGGGGGCUAUGAGGGCAGCCGGCGCAUGCCCAACGGGGCCGCGGAUGCAGGCGGGCAGGAGGGUGGCAUGGGGGGCAUGGCUGGUAGUAUGGGGGGCAUGGGGCAUCCAAUGGGGGGAGUGGGAGCAAUGGGUGUGGGCGAGGCGGCAGCGGCGGCGGUGGUGGGGGCGGGUGAGGACUCGGUGCGAAGCCUGGCGGAGGCGAUCAGCAGUUUCGGCGAGCUAUACGCGCGUGUGGAGGUGGAGAAGCAGCGGUACCUGAUGGCCCUGGAGCAGCGGCGCAUGGAGUUUCAGCGCGAGCAGGAGGCGCGCAAGAUGGAGAUGCUGAGGGACAUGGAGCCCUCGCCCACCGCACACCCUGCGCCCGCCCACCCGCACUCCAACCCACCGGCAGCCCAACGGGGCUCGUCACACGCGGCAUCACCAUCGCCCGUGGCCCCCAUGGCCCCCAUGGCCCCCAUGGCCCCCAUGGCCCCCAUGGCCCAUGGGGGGCUGGACUCGCGCCCCACUGCUGCAAGCAGUGGCGGGGCGGAGGGCGGGGCAGAUGGCACGGAGCAUGGCGGGCGCGAGGAGGAGCGGCAUAGUGAUGAGGAGGGGCCGUGCGGAGGGGAGGGCGUGGAGGAGGAGGGGCAGGAUGCGUUGGAGAGACAGACGUCAGAGGAGGGUGAUGGGGGCAGCGAGCAGGAGGAGGAGGACGAUGCAGAGGCACACUCAGACUCGCCCAGCUAG